AUUUUGAUAACUUCGAAACUAGAGAGCGCACGUUUGGUCUGGAAUACAAGAAUAGAUGAUUUUCAAAAGACUGAGGACGACAUAAAUCUUCCACCAUGUUCAAAGGGGGCUCGCGGGCUAGAGUUCCUGCUGGUUCUCUGUGGUCUGGAGCUUUCCUGGUCCUGCCCACACCACUGUAUCUGCUACACCGCGCCCAGUACCGUCAGCUGCCAGGCACACAACUURCUGUCCGUCCCCGAAGGCAUUCCCCCYCACAGCGAGCGRAUCUUCCUGCAGAACAACAAGAUCCACCGGCUGCUGCAGGGCCACUUCAGCCCCACCACGGUCACACUGUGGAUCUACUCCAACAACAUCACCUACAUCGAGCCCUCCACKUUCCACGGCUURGCCCAGCUGGAGGAGCUGGACCUGGGGGACAACCGUCACCUGCGUUCCCUGGCUGCAGACACCUUCCAUGGGCUGGGCCGGCUCCAUGCUCUGCACCUGUACCGCUGUGGGCUCAGUGCGCUGCCCAGUAACAUCUUCCAGGGGCUACGCAAUCUGCAGUAUCUCUACCUACAGGAUAAUCACCUGGAGUUCCUGCAGGAUGACAUCUUUGUGGACCUCCACAACCUGAGCCACCUGUUCCUGCAUGGGAACCGUCUGUGGUCACUGCACCAGAACACCUUCCGGGGYCUGGGGGCCCUGGACCGCCUGCUGCUGCACCACAACCAGCUGCAGUGGGUGGACCGCCUGGCCUUCCACGACCUGCGUCGCCUCACCACCCUCUACCUGUUUAACAACUCACUGACCGAGCUGUCUGGAGACUGCCUGGCACUGCUGCCUGCCCUGGAGUACCUGCGCCUCAACGACAACCCCUGGGAGUGUGACUGCAAGGCCCUGUCGCUGUGGGACUGGCUCAAACGCUUCAGAGGUUCUACUUCGUCCGUAGGCUGUCAGGCCCCGGCCGAGCUGGCUGGGAGGGACCUCAAGCAGCUCCGCAAGGAGGACUUCCCCAACUGCUCUGGCUCUGAGUCCCUGCACCAGAGCAAGACCUGGGCCGGGACUGAUAAGGUGUCACUGAAGAAGGAGCCGGACCRGGUGCCACCGCCUCACUCCCACCCCCACCGUCCUCACCACAACGAGUCACCACACUAUCCCUCGCCACCCUCGCCUCUGCCCCAUCCACCCCCGUCUGUAAGCGGGGAGGGCACGGGAUCAGAGGGACAACCUGGGGUGGCGCCCCCUCAGAGGCCAGGCCGRGCUCGGAACUGCACCCGCCAGCGCGUCAGGGGAGGCAAGGGGAAGGGGCAGAAUGAGGUGCAUACCUUAAAGGAGAUGACCGAUAAGGAGUAUUCCUCGCCCGAUUUUGAAGGGGGCAAAUAUGACCACACGUCCCCGGAUGGCACCAUCACGCGGAGGAAGCAUAAGUGCCCUCCCCGGACCACUGUUCGCCCCCCUAGUGGGGUGCAACAAGCCACCAAUAGGGCCACGUUCUCCCAGCCCUUAAUUCAUCUCAAUGCCAUAAUGGGAGCUUUGUUGCCCAUGACCAUUGCCCAUAUUCUCCGCUGACCUAGAGGGAGGGAUAGGUACUGGCUAAACAACKACAGUGCAGUCCUUAGACCUGCUCUAGCUCCUGCACAACAAGGUCUGUGUGUGUGUGUACUUUGUGUGUGUGGUUGUGUGUGUAAAACAUUGUGUAGGGAGCUUCGCUGUUUAGACUCUGAAAUAGACUUUCAAACAUCAACAUCAAAUGUGGGACGGGGAUGUGUGAGGGAUGGGGAUGUGUGAGGGAUGGGGAUGUGUGAGGGAUGGGGAGUGAGGAAAAACGAAAGGAAAACAUAGAACACGCUUGCACUGCCACUGUUGCCAUUAUGUUCUCAUUUCCUGUUGUCUUGGUCUCUUUCUGUCUGAGUUCUGUCUUCGACUCUGCUGAAGCACAGAUAACGAAACUUUUGGUGGGAAAAAAGAGAUGGUGAAAUGCAGCAAUUUAGCUAUGAGACAGAUAAGCUCUAAGGAAAACGUGUUGAAGCCAGCUUUAAUUAUCAGUUCACAGUUUGUAAAUCCUUAUUGAGGGGUGAAACAGAAAACAGAUGACGUGGUGAAAGAAACCAUCACAGAGAAGUCUAGCCCAAUCUUGUGUUUCAUAUUAUUUGCCAAAUGUUAUUUAUUACAUUCAUUGCCAAUAGCUGCUGCAUAGAAUUGGGCCACCGAGGUAUUCGAGGGUAUUGCUCAUCAACAGGGAGAUAAGCAGGAAGCUGCCCGGUCAUAAAUCAUAAUUCCAUAUCAGAACAGAAAUGUGCAACGCUCACUUCUUAGCAGAAGUAAUGGAAAACUACAGAAACAGCACUGCAAAGAGCAGCACACACACAGACCAGUCAGCUCCAGCUACAGUAUGAUAACUAGGUAACUUCUGCUCCAUGCCCAGGUAACAUUGACCCCCGAGCUACAUAUCUAGGUAUACAUCUUCUGCUUACUUUACAGUAUUUCUACAAUAUUUACAUUCUGCUUUAUUAAUUCCUGCUUCUAAAUGUCCUUUCUUUCUACCUGCUCCAUUUCAUUUUCUACAUGUGCUACUACAUAUUAAGCUAAUAUACCCAAGCUGCUAAUUAUCUUUAUGGAGGUGAGUGGGACUGUGGUUGACUCCCACUUCCUUCAAAAACCAGUGUGUCCCCCCAGYAGAAGAAAGCUGUGAAUAUUGAUGGAUCUGUCUAUUUCUUGUCUCAAAUGUUGUUUGUUUGAUUUUGCCAAGACGUAAAGAGGACCUAGCGAUGGAGCCCUAUACAGGGUACACAGCCUUAGGGGUUAAGGGUCAGAUUGGGUAUUCUCAGUUUCCCAGUGAGGCUUUGGGCUUCGCUGAACAGAACACUCUUCAGUGUGGGCAUCCCCUCCUCAUUGAGAACGUGAGGAACAUUUAUAUUGUCCUAAUCAAUGGACAUCAAAGGAAAACAACUGCCCAACAAGACUAGAGAAGAAACAAAAACAAUAUGUGUACCUUAAAUGACUUCUGUAAUGAAUAAAAGAUUAUAAGAGGGGGAAAAAAUGAUUCAAUCAAGCAUGGCAAAACGUGGACCUCUCUUGGAAAUAAUAGAACUGCUAAAAUACCUCUCUCCAUUGACUGCUGUUCUUGUCAAUGGAUGUGGGGAACCAAGAGAAAGACAAUCACUUCUAAAGUAGCAGGGGGUUUAACAGGACCAUGGGCAGACAGACAGACUACUACUGGACUACUAUCCCCCUGGACUACAGGAGCUUUUGUGCCUCCGCAAAAUACAACAAUAAGUUGACGAUGUUUGUAAUAARAAUGKUGUUAACUGUACCAUUAACAAUGACAACGAGAGGACUAACUAACUGCAGUUCUAAUAUUAAUCAUUUAUUAUGAGAAUAACAAUAUUAAUGACGUCAUCAACAAUGAAAACAGGGUUUCUGCUCCCCUGAUGAGGGGACAAUCUUUCUUUAAAUUCAUUAACCGUUUCAUUUUUUUUUGUUUGCUAAAAGGAACAUUUUAUAUAACCUUUUUUUUGUUACAUCCUGUCAACCCCUUUAUCGGAUAAAAAUGCACAAUUCAGUUCCCCCUCCUACUGUUCCCCAUCUAUCUUCUGUCUCCUAAUGUUCCCCAUCUAUCUCCUGUCUCCUACUGUUCCCCAUCUAUCUCCUGUCUCCUACUGUUCCCCAUCUAUCUCCUGGCUCCUACUGUU